AUGGCGUUAAAAGGUAUCUCGUUUGUGCAUAAGCUAGUUUGUACCCAAAAGUUUACUUUUAGGAACUUUUACACCUCGAUUUCUUUGCUGAAAGACUAUUAUAAUAUACUUGGAGUCAGUAAAUCAGCUAGUCAAUCAGAAAUAAAAAAAGCUUAUUAUCAGCUAGCAAAAAAGUAUCACCCAGAUGUCAAUAAAAACGAUAAAUCGGCUGCACAGAAGUUCCAGGAAGUUAGUGAGGCGUAUGAAGUGUUGGGAGAUGAAAAUAAGCGAAGCCAAUAUGACAAGUUCGGGUCAGCAUCCACACAGAACAACUUCGGGGGUGGUCAGUCACAUGGUUUUGAGUUUCACUCCAACAUAAAUCCCGAGGAGUUGUUUAGACGUAUAUUUCGUGAUAGCGAAUUCGCCUUCAAUGAGUGGUCCACUGAAGAUAAAGGCUUUGCAGAAUCGAUAUUUGGCUCCAAUGCAACAAAAGAAAUUACCGUUAAUCUUACUUUCGAGCAGGCUGCUUGUGGUGUAAAUAAGGAGAUAAAUGUCAAUAUGGUGACUAAUUGCCCACGCUGUAAAGGUUCACGUGCUGAACCCGGGACAGAGAAGUCCACCUGUCCAAGCUGUCGUGGAACAGGAGCCGAAAACAUGAACACUGGACCGUUUUUACUGCGGAGUAUUUGUAGGCGAUGCCACGGUGCCGGGACCAUUGUACGAAACCCUUGUCGAGAAUGUGAAGGUAAAGGCAAAAUUAUUGGCCGUAAUCGAAUCACCGUGUCCAUCCCUGCAGGGGUAGAAGAUGGUCAAGUUUUGCGGAUGUCUGUUGGUACUGACGGUCAACAUAAUAACGAAAUAUUCUUACAAAUUCGUGUGGAGAAAAGUCGACAAUUUCGCCGCGAAGGUGCAGACAUCCACUCCGAUAUCACUGUCUCACUUGCUCAAGCUGCUUUAGGUGGGAAAAUGCGUGUACAGGGAAUUUAUGAGAAUAUGUUAGUCAAUAUUCCGGCUGGAUCUUGUAGUGAUGAUAGAAUUCGAUUGCCAGGUAAAGGGAUCAGUCGGAUCAAUGGAUAUGGAUAUGGGGAUCAUUAUAUACAUAUACGUAUUCAGGCUCCCAAGAAAUUAAGUGAGCUUCAACGCGCGCUUCUCCUAGCUUAUGCAGAAACAGAAACUAACGUGACUGGUUCAGUUGAAGGCGUUACGUCGACGGACAAACAUGGCAAGCGCGCUAUAGACACUACAACGGGUUUUCUUGUCUCCCGUAUUCGACAUGCUGUUCAAGAUCAGAGUGAACCUCAAAAAGAAGAAAAACCUCUUGAUUCAGAUGCUGGAAUGGAAAGUUCUAGUAAAAAUUGUGCAUAG